AACUCUCCAUCUCACUGCACUGUGUGGUUUUCCUCCCAGGGAAGCACCAAACCCUGAAAUAGACAGCCUGGCUUGCCCAUGUCAGAAGUUAGAGAAAAGUAGUUCUCAUUUUGGGACAGAAGAGAAAGAGAGAGAGAGAGAGAGAGCUCUUGCACCUCCUCUAGGAAGUCGGACCCCCUAGAACAAUGAAGAGUGUAGCUAAAUCCUGGAGCGCAACAGUAAAGCAAGGGACCCAUGGGAUUGAGCGGGGACGUCCCCUCCCUCCAGCUGCUUCUGGCAUGAAGACUUCCAAAUCUUCUACAUCACUCUCUUUUGAGUCCAAACUCAGCAAGCUGAAGAGGGCCAGUAGCGAUGACAUGCUCACCAAACCGGGCAGUGCCAGCCCCUCAGGAUCCGUCAGGCUGAAGAAGACUGUGACUUCUGGUACCGUCUCGGAGCUUGCAGAGAACCGUUUAAAGAGCUGCGUAGGGACGGUUUCAUCCACCAAGCGCACGGGGAUUCCGGCUCCUCGAGAGCUUUCCACACCCGUCUCCAGAGAGAGAUCUGCCCUUCGAGGUCCCACCAGUGCAAAGAAACCAAUCCCCAGUCCAAUAUCUUCCAGUACCCCGACUCCUACCAAGCACUUAAGAGGCGCCAAUAAAUCCAAGCAGGACAAUGAAGCUGGGGACAAGGCAUUACUGGAAUCCCAGGUCCGGGAACUCCUGGCAGAAGCCAAAACAAAAGAUUUUGAAAUCAGCAGGCUUCGAAGCGAACUCAAGAAAUUCAAAGACAAAGGGUCCCCAAACACAGCAGAAGGGGCCGAGGCUUUUGAACAAAAUGGCGAGGGGCUGCCAACCUCCCCUGGGGAUCUAGAUCCUUUGAUAAGAGCUCUUCAGGAGAAGAACAGAAAUUUCCAAAAAGAGCUAGUAGAUCUCGGGGAGGAAAACCGGGCUCUGAAAGAGAAAUUGGCGUUCAUGGAGCAUUCCCCCAGCUCGGAGGCGGCCACGAGCAACGGUGGGGGUAGCAGCCUGCCCACACCGACUACUCAAGAGUCAAGCUUUGGAAGCCCAAUGAGAAACCAGCUUUCAGGGGAAAUGGAGGAAUAUAAACAGACGGGCAAUACCUUACGAACCUCAGGGUCCUCGAGCAGUGACGUGACCAAGGCUUCUCUGUCUCCUGAUGCUUCCGAUUUCGAGCACAUAGCCGAGGCUCCUUCCAGGCCCCUGUCCUCGGGCAGCAACCCCUUCAAGAGCCCCCGGUGCUCCACGGGCGGCAGCUCCCCCAACAACAUUAGCGACCUGUCUGUGGCUUCUCUCACUGAGAAGAUCCAGAAGAUGGAGGAGAACCAUCACAGCACCACGGAAGAGCUGCAGGCCACCUUGCAGGAGCUUUCGGACCAGCAGCAGAUGGUCCAAGAGCUGACUGCCGAGAAUGAGAAGCUGGUGGACGAGAAGACCCUUCUGGAGACGUCCUUCCACCAGCACCGGGAGCGGGCCGAGCAGCUGAGCCAGGAGAACGAGAAGCUACUGAGCCUCCUGCAGGAGCGCGCGCAGGAGGAGGAGGCCGGCGGCCAGGACAACAAGGUCCUGGAGCUGGAGCAGAAGUGCACGGAGAUCCAGGAGAAUGCCCAGUUCGAGAGAGAGAAGCUGCUCAGCAUCCAGCAGCAGCUGACCUGCAGCCUGCGCAAGAUGGAAGGCGAGCACCAGGGCGCCGCUGAGCUCAUUAAGCGUCUUCAGGAGGAGAACGCGCAGCUCAGUGGGCUUCUGGACGCGGAGCGGCACAAAGGCGGCCUGGCAGCCCAGGCUCUGGAUGACUGCCGCGUCAGCCUGGAGGCGCUCCAGAUCGAGAACGCCUCCCUGAGGGCCCAGCUGGAGAGCGAGCAGCAGAAGACGGCCGAGCUGAGCGCCACGGGCCACGUGAGGGACGCGUCCGAGGUGCAGGAGAAGCUCAAGGUGGCCCGGGCCGAGAAGGACCAGCUGGAGCGCUCCUGCCUGGAGCUCAAGCAGGAGCUGCUGAAGGCCAACAGCGAGAUCCAGCACAUGCAGAGCCUGCUGGCCAAGGUGGAGAAGGAAUGUGGUUACCUAAAAGAGGUCUGUGACCGGCAGGCAGAGCAGCUGAACCAGACCAGCCUGCAGUUGCAAGAGAAAGCCUCAGAGAGUGACGCUGAGAUCAAGGAUAUGAAGGAGACCAUCUUUGAGCUGGAAGAUCAGGUGGAGCAGCACCGAGCAGUUAAGCUACACAAUAACCAGCUGAUUAGUGAACUUGAAAGUAACGUGAUGAAACUGGAGGAACAGAAGUUGGACCUGGAGCGGCAGCUGAAGGCUCUGACAAAGCAGAUAAAGGAGGAGACGGAGGAAUGGAGGCGUUUCCAAGCCGACCUCCAGACGGCAGUGGUGGUGGCCAACGAUAUCAAGUGCGAGGCCCAACAGGAGCUUCGGACUGUCAAGCGGAAGUUGCUGGAGGAGGAGGAGAAGAACGCCAAGCUCCAGAAGGAGCUGGGGGCCGUGCAGGGGAACAGCAGGCCUGUAAACGAAGAGCCAGACUCCCCAGAAAUGGAUGGUCCCGGCCGGUGGCAAGGGGUCUGUGUGAGCAGAGCCUCCCCGACGCCUUCAGAGUCAGCCGCCACUGUUAAGUCGCUGAUCAAGUCAUUUGAUUUGGGAUGCUCAGGUGGCCCUGGGCAGAGCGUCUCUGUGCACAAGACCCCCCGGAGUCCCCUCAGUGGAAUUCCAGUGAGGACAGCGCCAGCAGCUGCCGUCUCCCCCAUACAGCGACAUUCUACCUACAGCAGCAUGAGGCCAGCCGGUAAGGGGAUGACUAAGCUAGACCUGCCCGACCUCCCACUCACAGACAUCCUAAAGGGAAGAAACGAGGACCUGAAGCCUGACCAUUACCUCCGUAAGAGCCCAUCACUCGAGUCCCUGAGCAGACCCCCUUCGCUGGGCUUCAGUCAGGCCAGGUUGCUGACCCCUACCCCUGGGGGCUUGAAACCACAGAGCAAACUCAGUGUGGAAAGGAAGGAUCCAUUGGCUGCCCUAGCCCGGGAAUAUGGCGGCUCCAAGCGGAAUGCAUUGCUGAAAUGGUGUCAGAAGAAGACAGAGGGUUAUCCGAACAUCGAUAUCACCAAUUUCAGCAGCAGCUGGAGCGAUGGCCUGGCCUUCUGCGCACUCCUUCACACCUACCUGCCAGCACACAUUCCCUACCAGGAACUGAACAGCCAGGAAAAAAAAAGGAAUCUGUUAUUGGCAUUCCAAGCUGCAGAGAGUGUUGGCAUCACCCCCAGCCUGGAACUCAGUGAGAUGCUGUACACAGAUCGUCCUGACUGGCAGAGUGUUAUGCAGUAUGUGGCCCAGAUCUACAAAUACUUUGAGACCUAAACCCCAUGGAAGGAGAGAGAUGGAGGAGGAGAAGGAGGAGAGACAGGAGAAAGGGAACGCCACAGAAGCACUCGAUCACUUUAUAGAGGAAACAAAAAGAAAAUGAUUCUGGUUCUGAAGCAAGACUUUUUGGUGGUCCAGAAUGAACUGCAAAGAGAGUGAGACAGUGGCCAAAUACACUCACACAACCAAGGCCUUCCAUAGGCACGCACACACACACACACCACACACACACACACACCACACACACACACACACACACACACACCCUGAGCAAAGAGAUAUGGCCACAUCUAAGUCAGAAAAGGUUUUCCGUUCCAUGGGAUGGGCCUAAAGGGAGUGACUUCCUUCUAGACAUCAGAGUUCCCUCUGGGACCAAGAUCCAUUCCGGCUGAGCAAGUCUAGCCUCACCUUCUGCAUUCAACCACUCCAUACAUGGUCUUAGGCUACUAUCUGCAGAGAUGACAGACCGCCCCCUCCGCAAUGGCAGCUGGAAGUUUUUGUUCUAUCAACUCUCAGAUUCCUAUCCUCACCCCCACCCCUACAUUCACCCCCCCAAAAAAAAAGAUUUUUAGAAGAAACCUUGAUCCCUGCCUUUCCAAACAUUAAACUCUCUUGUUGGUUUCUGUCUGCCCUGCCCCUCACCUAUUCCAAAAAUGCAGAAACAUGCAUUCUUUCACAGAUGGAAGCCAACCAGGAGAUGGGGUAUUGCUGUUAGGAGUGAGAUUCCCAAAGCCCCAGAGACCAGGUGUGUCCUGCAGAUGUGACCAGGUGUGGGAGCUCCCACCCUCCAGUGCCAUGCUCAGAUGUGUGAAGGAUACACUUGGGUCUGUGUAUAGCUGUAGAAGGAGGCAUCCUUUCCAUGAGUCAUCUUAUAGUUGGAUAGACAUAUGGGCUAACUGGGUAUGUCCAUGCAUGUGCCCCUCCGUCGAUACAAGAACCCAGAGCUUCUCCCGGUCACUGAUCCUCUCCCAGGACUGCUGCUGACAUGGAUAAGCACUGUAGCCAUCUAAUCAGACAGACACACACAUGUCCCUUCUGUAUAUACACACUCCUGUGUGGCCCCUUCUGUGGGCAUAGCAACAUCUUCCUCAUGGCUAGGCAGUGAAAGGGAGGGUCAUCCACCAUGAGGAUGAAGCUGCCCAGGUCUGUCCAAUGGAUAUGGGCUUGAGGUGACCCUGUACAAAUAGCUGGUGGUUAUUUCUGGGCCGGUUGCAACUGAACCCAAGAUCCCAGCUUUAGAAAUGCUACGAUUUCCUAAGGUGUCUCCCAUAUCCUGGGCAAAAUGAAGCUAGGGGCAGUGGGUGGGAGUUGCUGUGGAGGAAACUGGGUCGGUGGCUUCAUUUCUACUAGAACUGAAGAAGAGAGACACGUACUUUGUGAAAGUGUUUUCUUUAUUUAUUGUCUUCUCAGAAAUGCUAGGAACAGGCCCAUUGGUGGAUGUCUUGAGCAGCAUGCCAGGGAGGGUGAAUGAAUGUCUUUAACUUCAUCAAGAUAUCAGAAAAAUAUGUGACUAGUGACGUGGCACUUACCACAUAGGGACCAAAUUCUGGGUGGUGGUCCGUCUGAAAAUUGAAACUCAUUUGGUGUUUAAAAUAUUGACACGCCUAUGGGGGUAGGGGAUGAGGAUCUGUUACGGCUGACCCUCUAAGCCGUAUAGUCACAGUGGAGUGCAGAUGAGGCUCAAGUUGUGAAUCUGGGCCUUAUUAGACAUUUUAUUCAGAGAUGGGAAAGCCCUAUUCUAACUUGUACAGAGCUAUAAUUACCAGUAUUAGGGUCUAAACAAGCCCCAUAAACCAUGCCCUCCAGUCAAUCUUAGUUGUCUAAAAGAGACCCAGGAUGUUGACUCAAUGGAGGAAAGACUCCCCAGGACGCUGAGGAGUGGGAUAGAGAUAGAAAACAUAAGACAUCAGCCCAAGUGAGGGUGGGGGGAGGGGUGUAAGGGAAAAGAGACUCCAGGACACUGUGCUGCAGCUGCUGCCAGGGGAGAAGCAGGACCGGGUGAGCUAGAGCUCCCUGGGCCUUCCGGGGAGGGAGGAUGGAGAAGUGUGCCUUCUUGUAGCUUCCUGGAAUAGCCAAUUUCACAGGCUGACUAUCCAAUGUCUAUGCUGUUGAAGGAGUAAAAAUGAUAUCAAAAUAUAAAUGUAUUGAAUUUUAAAA